GGCCCGGGGAAGAGCUGCACGCCAUGGGGACCUGGCGGCGUUUGCAGCUCCUUGGCGGGGCGACACUCUGGGGUGGUAGCGGAGCCGCUGUCCCUCUCCUGGGGUGCCGAGCUUUGGGCUGUGGGCGCCAGUUAUUAGGCGCAGAGAGUGAGGCCUUGAAACAAAGAAGAACACAGAUCAUGUCCCGAGGACUCCCUAAGCAGAAGCCCAUAAAAGGUGUUAGAGAAGUGAUUGUUGUGGCCUCCGGAAAGGGUGGAGUUGGAAAGUCUACCACGGCAGUGAACCUUGCUCUUGCACUGGCAGCGAACGAUUCGUCCAAGGCGGUUGGCUUGUUAGAUGUAGACGUGUAUGGUCCUUCCAUUCCAAAGAUGAUGAACCUGAAAGGAAACCCAGAAUUAUCACCAAACAACCUAAUGAGGCCUCUUUUGAAUUAUGGUAUUGCUUGUAUGUCUAUGGGCUUUUUGGUUGAAGAGACCGCACCAGUUGUUUGGAGAGGACUUAUGGUGAUGUCAGCCAUUGAGAAGCUAUUGCGACAGGUCGACUGGGGUCAACUGGACUAUUUAGUCGUUGACAUGCCUCCAGGAACAGGAGACGUGCAGCUGUCAGUUUCGCAGAAUGUUCCCAUUUCAGGUGCUGUGAUUGUCUCCACGCCUCAGGACAUUGCACUGAUGGAUGCACGCAAGGGUGCGGAGAUGUUUCGGAAGGUCCACGUACCUGUUCUUGGUCUUGUCCAAAACAUGAGUGUCUUCCAGUGUCCAAAAUGUAAACACAAAACUCACAUUUUCGGAGCUGAUGGUGCAAGAAAACUGGCACAGACUCUUGGUCUGGAUGUUCUUGGAGAUGUUCCCUUACACCUCAGUAUAAGGGAAGCUUCAGAUACGGGUCAGCCAGUUGUAUUUUCACAUCCUGAAAGUGAUGAGGCCAAAGCUUACCUGCACAUUGCUUCAGAAGUGGUAAGGAGGCUGCAGUCACCUCCAGAAUGAUUCCCAAGUGCCCUGGAAAAUGUCCUGGUGCCUCAUAAUCAUGGACUGUCAAAAUGAGCAUUGUGGUAAUGUGGAGUCCACACAACAGUGACAACCGUGAUGACUUUCUUUCAUUU